UCCUUAAACUGAUCUCAGCCAUCAAUGAUUCUCAAUUUCUCAUAAACCACCUGGAGAGAGAGAGAGUGUGUGUGUGAUGAGUGUCGAAGUUGAAGACGUUGAAGAUCCUGUAAAUCUCUGUAUGGGUGAGGAAGAUUCAAAGACUGAACUUCCAGAGUUAGCAACAAAUGGAAAUUGUCUACCAGAUAAGGCGGAUGAAGAUGUGACUAAGAAAGAACAGGAAAGUGAUGGUGUGAAAGAAAUGGAAGAAGAUAAGAAACGGGUGACUGAGAAAAUGGAUGAAGACCAACAUGCAAAUGAAGGCAAAGAAAGCAAUGGCAUGGUGGAAAAAGUAGAAGAAGAGAAGGAGGAACCAAAGGCAGAAUCUAUGGAAGAAGAUAGUGGUCCUAAAGAAGAUCAGGAUAUCGAAGAGAAGGAGGAACCAAAGGCUGAAUCAAUGGAACAAGAUACUGGCCCAAUAGAAAACCAGGAUACCGAAGAAAAGAAGGAAGAUAAAGAAGAGGCAGAAGAGAAGGUUGAUGGGUCCCGUGCUGAAGAAGAAGAGGUUGAUGGGUCCUGUGCUGAAGAAAAAGAAGAGGUUGAUGUGUCAUAUGCUGAACAAGGAGAGAAGAGAGAAAACAAUGAGGAAGAGAAAGGGCCAAAGAAACGUAGAAAAGAAAGGGGUAGUAGUCAAAAGAAGGGUGCUGUCGAGAAAGUGAAAGAUAAAAGGAAGGCUGUGAAGGAGAAGCAGGAGCCAGAGCAAAGAACACCUGCUACUGAUCGGCCUGUACGAGAGCGGAAAUCUGUCGAAAGGCUGGUGGCAUCUAUAGAGAGAGAUGCUGUCAAGGACUUCCAAAUUGAAAAGGGUCGUGGCACGCCCCUGAAAGAUAUACCUAAUGUGGCAUUUAAAUUGUCAAGAAGAAAGCUUGAUGACACAUUCAAAUUGCUUCAUUCAAUUCUCUUUGCAAGGAGAGGGAAGGCUGUCCAGAUCAAGAGUAAUGUAUCCCGUUUUUCUGGUUUUGUGUGGCAUGAAAACGAGGAAAAGCAAAAGACAAGAGUGAAGGAAAAGCUCGACAAAUGUAAUAAAGAGAACUUGUUGGAGUUCUGUGAUAUACUGGAUAUAUCUGUUGCCAAGGCUACUACAAAGAAGGAAGAUAUUAUUACAAAGUUGAUCGACUUUUUGGUGGCCCCUCAUGCUACAACAGAUGUGCUUCUUGCGGAAAAGGAGAAGUCAAAUAAGGGCAAAAAGCGAAAGAGGGUGGUGACCAAAACUUCACCAAAAUCUCGAAGUGUAUCUUCAAAAGGUUCAGCAAAGUCUUCAAGAAAAGCUGAGGAUACAUCAAAGUCAGAGAAAAAGAGUACUGUUGAUACAGAAGAAGAUGAUUCAGAAGAGGAAGUAGAAGAAAAAGAUGAUGAAGAACAUGGAGAAGAGGAAAACAGGAAUGGUGUUACUGAAAAAUCGGAUGAUGAGAUGCUUGAGCAUUCUGCAAGUGACGAGAAAGAUGAAUCUGAAGAGGACACAGGGAAAAGCAAAAGCAGUUCUAAAUCUCCCUUCAAAAAGAAGAAACCUGCUGGAAAGUCCAGAACAAAGAAUAUCAGUGUGUCAAAUAAAACCAGUACUCCUAAAAGAACACCUAAAAUGUCAUCAUCAAAACGCUUUCCGGCUGAUGAUGACAGUGAUGCAAGUCCAAAGGUUUCCUCAAGGAAGAAGGUUGAAAAAGUAGUGAAAGAGGAGAAAUCAACUCCAAGGAAAUCUGCAUCAAAGGAGAAGAAAACUGGUAAAAAUGUUACAAAAGGGAAGGAGAAAGCAAAAGUGAAAAAGCCUCCUAGUGAUGAUCAGCUUAGAGAUGCUAUAUGUGGUAUUCUCAAAGUAGUGGACUUCAAUACGGCUACAUUCACUGACAUUCUGAAGCAACUUGCUGGGCAAUUCAAUACCGAUCUCACCCCAAGAAAGUCAUCCAUUAAGCUCAUGAUCCAGGAAGAACUUACGAAACUAGCUGAUGAGGUGGACGAUGAGGAUGAAGAAGAAGCAGCAGCAGCAGCUGACCAAGAGAAUGAAGCCUCACCCAUCGAGGUGAAAGUCCAGUAAUUAUUAGUUAACUAUGCCCUCAUCUUCGCUCACUUCAGCUGUUGUCUAUGCAUUGUUUAGACACACAAAAUAACUAGUCUAGUUAAUGGUAGUGUUUAUUUUGCCUAUAAGAAAAUUAGGAUUUGUUAAAGACCCUCGAAGAGGAAGUGAAGCUACUCGAGCAAGGCCACUGUACUGCAGUCUUAGAUGUUUUUAACUUAUUACUUCUGUACACAUGAACGUGUAUUGUAGGAAAUACUACUCUGUAUAAUGUAACUGACCUUUUGUAUGGCAUACUGGAAACUUGGGUUUUCCUUUUCAUGUU